AAGCGUGUGUUGUUGAAUGGGGGAGGUUGGGUUGGAUAGAUAGACUUUGGUUUUUUUUUUUUUUUCUCCUGGUGGGCUUUGAUCGCUCAAUCAAGAGAGAGGGAGAGAGAGGCGUGGUCUUGCAAAAAUCCACUAAAAAAGAACUCGUCAAGAAAAGGAAGGAGUAAAAAGAAAGAGAAACUUGGAAACCCCCCCUGUGUGUUUCAAUCAAUCGCAAAGUGGUACUGGAGUUACGAUCUCCACGACGCGUGGUGGUGGUGGAGUCAAAGGGCCGCCAAGCCCAAGGCGAAGGAAACGAGAGAGAGAUCCCUGGGAGAGCUCUCUCGUAGGUAGGCACCACUUCGUGUUACUACUUUAGCACUACCAGUCACUGGGACACCGCGAGAGUUCCUGUCUGGGAUCUACCAAGGGUACCACCAACACAAACAAAAAGUAAGAGAUUUGGGGAGAGCUCCUCUUUUUUUGCUCCUUUGGGGGUCAGUGACAUGGUUAGUCGUGCUGCCCCUUGAUGAUGAGAAAGAGGCGGAGGAAGCUAAGGUUUUCGUAGAGCGGUGUGAAGCCAAGUCGCCAUGGAUCCUAAAACUCCUCCUUGCGUAGUUAUAGAUCUGGAAGAAGAGGGAGAAGAAGAACAAGAGGAAGAAGUGGUGGAAGUGAUGAGAAAGAGACCACGCAUCGUUGUGAAAAGGGCCGCUGCUCCGUGUGACGAGGAGCCUCGGCCGGCAGGACCGCAGAAAAGAAAGAGACGGAUGCAGCAGUUUUGCUACUCGAGCGGCAGCGAGGACGAGGAGGAGGAACCGAAAGCCGUGACCACCAGCACGGAGAAAAACUUGCGGAGGAAAGCAUGGAUCGAUUACCACGACUCGGAUAGCGAAACCGAAGGAUUAAGUCAAGAAAAGAUCUGUGACGACGAACUGCCGCUCGGUGUCAUCCAAGGUCGUGCAGGCUCCAAUGGUUUCCAGCUCAUCAUGACCAAGUAUCGAGGUGAAGCUGGCCGAGCUCCAAAUCUUGAUCCCGCGCCUGUCUUCUUUCCUACAGAAGAGGAGUUCCAAGACACUCUGAAAUACAUCGAGAAGAUACGGCCCCUCGUAGAGCCUUACGGUAUCUGCCGCGUGGUGCCUCCAAAGUCGUGGCGGCCGCCAUGCUCGCUCAAGGAUAACGUCGGAGAAACCGUUCGUUUCUCGACCCGGGUCCAAAAGAUCCACAAGCUCCAAGUCCGCGAGCCGACGACUUCGAGUCACGGGAAGAAGAGCCGGCCGAAAGUCUCCAAGAUUCUUACGUUCACACCGCAAGCGGCCCAGCAGCAAGAGUUUUUCGGCUUCGAGCCUGGGCCGUCUUUCACGAUCAAGGAGUUUGAGGCUUACGCCGACGAGCUCAAGGAGAAGUACUUUCAAGCCGGAGAGGAAGACGACACGUCGAGGCUCGAUCCUUCCGUCGAGCAGAUCGAGCGGGAGUUUUGGCGAAUCGUCGAGAGGCCAAGCGAGCAAAUAGAGGCAAGACUUCUUCGUUUGUGUUACCACCUUUGUCUAACACCUGAUUUCCAGGUGUUGUAUGGAGCGGACAUUGAAACCAAUGUUUUCAAGAGCGGGUUCCCGAAAUUGGCCACGGUGGCAAACAAGCAAGCCACUCCUUACGAGACGUCCGGCUGGAACCUUAACAACAUAGCACGACUGAAAGGAUCAGUGCUCGAGUUUGAAGCCGACGAAAUCUCGGGAGUCGUCGUGCCAUGGCUGUACGUUGGGAUGUGUUUCUCCUCCUUUUGCUGGCAUGUAGAGGAUCAUCACUUAUACUCGGUGAACUACAUGCACUGGGGCUCUCCGAAAAUCUGGUAUGGAGUCCCCGGCUUUGCGGCUAGCAAGCUAGAGGCAGCCAUGAAGAAGUGCUUGCCAGCACUCUUCAAGGAGCAGCCAGACUUGUUACAUAAGCUGGUGACACAACUUUCGCCAUCCAUCCUCGCAGAGGAGGGAGUCCCGGUUUACAAAGUCGUCCAAAACAGUGGCGAGUUUGUGAUCACUUUCCCGAGAGCGUACCAUGCCGGCUUCAACUGUGGAUUCAACUGCGCGGAGGCUGUCAACGUUGCUCCAGUUAACUGGCUUCCGCACGGCCAGUCGGCCGUGGAAACUUACAAGGAGCAGCACCGAAAGACCUCCAUCUCGCACGACAAGCUGCUCCUGGCAUCAGUCAAGCAAGAGCUCGCAGAGGUCUCAGCUUCCGUCACUCACAGGCAAAUCCUCGCGUCUGCUCUGAAAGCUCGCCUCAACCUGGAAUCCUCAAGACGAGCUGCUGUGAAUGAUCUGAGAGCACAAACCAUGGACGUGAACUUCGACUCCUCGGCCGAGAGGGAGUGCUGCGUUUGCUCCUACGACUUACACCUCUCCGCGGCGGCGUGCCAGUGCUCGCCAGACCUCUACUCGUGCCUGGACCACGUCAAGAGCUUCUGCUCGUGUACUCCGGAGAAGAAACUCAUCCUGUACCGCCACGAGCUGUCAGAGCUGGAAGAGUUCUUGCGAGAACUGGAAGGUCGACCGCUGCCACCUCUCAAGUUUAAGAUACAUGGACCCCGGCCCGAGCUCAACAGGCAGCUCGUGGAUCCCAGCAGCGGUUUAGAGAGUAGUAGAAGCUGGGAGGCGGCCUGCGGCGAGGUACUCAAUCCGGCACCAGGCAAAGGCUUGAUGGUGGUGGAGCCGCGAAGCGGUGGCGGGCCUCGAGUUGCUAGAGUUAUUCGUCCCAGCAAGGCUUUCUCACCCAACAUCGAGCUUGUGCGAACUGGAAGGCUUGUGCUCAAGCCGGGCUGGCACACCAAGCAUGCCAUUCUUCCAGCAGGAUUUAGAACGCGAGUCCAGUUUUACGACUACCUGGAUCUUCCUCAAGCAUGCUACUAUAUAUCCGAGAUCUUGGAUUGUGUAGACGGGAAGCCAUUGUUUAAGGUGUCUAUGGAGGGCCGGCCUCACGAGAAGAUCGUGUGCUCCAGCAUCGACUUUUGCUGGCAAUCUGUGCAAGAGAAAGUCAACUCCAGGAUCAAACAACUGCGCGAGAGUGGCAAGGCAAACUUACCGCCUUUGAGGCCUCCAGAGAGCCUCAAAGGCCUGGAGAUGUUUGGAUUCACGGUGCCCAGCGUCGUCAAGGCUGUCGAGACGCUGGAUCCAACACACUCGUGCGACGAGUAUUGGAUGGAACGUAAAACCAACGACUUGUGGAGCCAGCCGUGGCCUCCUCUUUUGCGAUCGUGAUUCAUUUAGGACUGAUCGUAGUCGCGCUCCGAUUCGAGCCAAACUAAACUGUUUUGCUGCUAAUAAGCUGCUGCUGAGUGUAAAUAUCGAACAAGAAACUCUCACUCUUCUUCCAUAGUCCUGUUUGCUUGGGGAUCAAGUAGGACGAGGUGCUACCCAAUGUGCCGACUUUGCGGUUUUGUAAUUAAAGUAGAUAAUCAUAUUUCUCC